AUGGACAGUUUCGCCGCUGGGUACACCCACGAACACUCGCACGGUGAGAUUGGCUCGGCUUUUCGCUUGCGGACUGACAAAUUAUCCCAGGUGAAAUGCGAGGGUCAAAAGCCUGAAUGUAGCACAUGCCGUACGAGAGGAUGGCACUGCGAGUAUCCACAAGAUGGCAGAAAGACGGCGGUACGCAGCAAAAAGGCCGAUAUCAGAGCCCUCCAACAGCAGAUCGAAGAGCUCAAGCGAGAAAUGAACGAGCGACUUUCCGCCGAUGACACUUCAAACGGUGAUCACACCCUCGCAAUGAGGGCAUCGGAUGAUCCCAACACCUCCAUGAAUGCACCACAUGAUACCGGUAUGGUUUCGAGCUAUCAAGCAGAACCCAGUCCUCGGCUAUCGGACUGGCAAGACUUGUCACCACUUCGCAGAGAAGAGCGACCGUCUCUCGCCAGACUCGCUUUAGAUAACAUAGAGGAGCAAGCCGAAGUGGAAAGAGUCCCUUCGCCGGACCCUCAGGCAGACGAGACCGAGAUACAAGUCUACGGUGGCACGAGUCUGCUCCAUGAUCAAUCCAGUAGGGACUUUUGGUCCAAUACCCCGACCGCAAUGGACGAGACAGACGAGCCUUUCAAGAGCGCAACUCGAGAUCGCCUGAUCUCGCUUGCCGCGCUCAGUCGACAAAGGGAGGUCAUUUUGUGUUCAAACCCAAGUCUGACUGCGAAUAUCGACUUUGAUGGCGUUCCCAUGAACAUGGCGAUGCACUUGCUUGACUUACACUGGAACCGGUUGCACCUGAUCUAUCUUCAAAGCUACCGUCCGGCAAUCAUGGAUAGCCUGAUCAAUAAUGGGCCUUACGUCAGCAAGCUUCUGCUGAAUGCCAUCUAUCUACAAAGCAGUCUGUACAGCGACCGAAAAGGCCUGAGGUCGGACGCACAAGAUCCACGGACUACCGGCAUGACGUUCUACAAGCGUUUCAAAGAGUUGGUGGUUGACUGUAUUGACCAGCCCAACAUGCCGACAGUGUUGGGACUUCUCAUUUGUGGCACAUGCUUGGUGCCCUACGGCAAGCAGAAGGCCGGUUGGGUGUACUGUGGUAUGGCAUACCGCAUGAUGGUCGACUUGGGUUACCAUUUGAACAUACCCAAGACUACCGAGGAGGGAAUCAAGUUCAAGCUCUCGGCCACGGACAUAGAGAUCAGACGGCGCGUCUACUGGGGUGCAUACAUCAGCGACAAGUACCAGUCCUUGUGGCUUGGCCGGCCGCCUGCGCUGCGCGAAUCAGACAGCAACGCACCGCGAGAGUUUCUCGAUUCAUUUGAUGAAAUGGCCCAGUGGACACCUUACAUAGACCCUGAAGCUCCACCGCUCUCUCUAGGCUCUCUCGCCUACCAGCCCCGGACCUGCCACGCUCUCAUCAAGAGUGCCACUACAUCCCAAUCAACUCUCCUCCAAGCGAAGCGCGAAUUGUCAGCCCAAUUGACCGACUGGAACAACGAAAUUCCAGCACACCUUCGAUUUGACCCAAAUAAGGAUACCGAGAUUAUCCCCCCGCAUCAACUGAACCUACACACCACAUAUUGCACGUUGGUGAUCUUGAUUGAACAGGCGUUCCUCAAUCGGGUUCACUUUGAUUUCACCCUCGACCACGCUUCCCGAGAAGAUUCGCGCAAGAAGUGUAUUGAUGCUGCUUUCAAGAUCUGGAGACUCUUAGAAGCGUACAGCAAAGCUUUUACUCUUCGACAUGCCCAUUAUGGGGAGUUCUAUGCUGCAUAUAGUGCGGCUCUUGUCAUUCUCCAACAAGCCCCCCAGAAUCCCGACGAGUACAUCGAAAGCAUUAAAUUCUUCUGGACAAUGUUGUCAGAACCUCAGAAGCGCUGUCUAGGCUUUGCUCUCGGCCUAAAGAAUCCAUUCAGAUUGUUAAAAUCACUCAUACGACGAAUCAGAUUUGUUGCACAGCACAUCAACGUGGAUGCACCAGAGGGCUCCAUGGAUGGGUCCCUCCCCGAUGUAUCGCCAACCUGGACUGAUUCAGUGCUUGGUAUCGAUGUUUGGGCCCAUCCCUUGCAAGAUACAAUCCCUGAAAAUAUGUUCUUUGUUGAUCAUACUAUGUUUGGUCUCUUCACUCAAUGA